AUGCACAGAUGCCAUCCAUAUUGUACGCAGCCAUUUGCCACGAAGACACGAUCCGAGUCUCGGCUGUCACUUUCCGCUGGGACGAACAUUUUCUUUCGAGCGCCAGAGUGCUCGCGUUGGUCACGUGAACUACUUCACGGCACGUUAAUAAGUCAGGACCCUGCCACGACCUUAAGCGGAGGCACUUUUUAUCACCGUGUAGUCUGGUUACGAGGUGUAGAAGCCCUACCCAACGGUUUCUUUCGUGCAGCUUUGGCACUGCCUGGUUGGGAUAUUAGCAGCGAUCGUGACGUCGACAGUGGCGAGACCUAUUGGCCGCACGAAAUCGGAGUAUUCCCGACGCAGCUUGGUGCGUUACGUGCUGUCGUGACAGCGGAGCGGAUCGCACGGAGUAAAUUCCGACGCGAACUGGAAGGGGGACGCAUACAUCACUGGCGUAUCGGACUUGAGGAUUGCGGUGACGCGGAGCUGGAAACAUUUCCAUCUUCUGAACUACUGGAUGAGGUCGUUACUGAGACUGCAGCAACACUUGGCAGCGAUUUUCACGUGCGACUUUGGCGUCAGGAUGAUGUGAGAUUCCAUCAACAACUCGCUCUAGGGACGUGGAACUUCCGCAAGUGGAUGAACUCGAUCGGACGUGCUGGUAAUCUACGCGAGGAAGACGCCGUACCGUUCGAAAAACCAGUGCCCACGCCUUGGCCCCCUGCCACUCGCAUUCGCUGCUUCAUGAUACCGCAACACGACUUGGUGCUCCCCGAACGCGUGCGUCGACAGCAUCUGCGAGCGAUCCUGGAACAAUUGCUGUUUGUGUAUGCAGGUUUUGCUUGGCGACUGUGGCGUGAGUACGUGAAACGGCAUCGUGAGCGAGAAACGCAGCAGAAUCGAGAACGCGCUGCUUGUGUAUUGCAAGCUUGGACUCAACGGGUAGCUGAAAGAGAGCGUCAAAGAGCACGUCAACUCCUACUUAGCAAGACGUUAGGGUCUUCAAUAGAUGCACUGGAACUCUACCGACGUCGACAGAUCGAAGCACGGAAGCUGUACGCAUUCCUUACUCGGCAGAUGGAAGAACGGAAGUGUAUGGCGUUAAGACGAUGGCGUGAAGCUGUAGGACCUAGUGACCCUCCACCUCCACCAGCUAUAACGUGGCAUCCUAGUUACGGAAUGAAGACAAUGCUACCUAAACUACCGCGUAUGGGAGCUCGACGACGCACAGCACACGACAAGUCGGUUGCUCCUGCAACCCAGGUUAUCAUCGAAGACAUGGCGACUUACAAGUCGUUCAAAGGCAACCAUGCUGGCCCAGCAGAUACGUCGUACUGGGUCAUUCGAGCUCGAGUUCUGGCUGGAGCGUGUCCUAUCGGUCCUGCCUUCCGUGAAGCACGACGACUUGUGUCACGCACGGACUUUGCUACGAGUGUACUCUUGCAGCAAAUUAGUGUGUUCCUGUGUCUAAUGGAACCCGAAGAACUCCAAAGUGUGGAGACAGAUUCCAACGCCGCUGAUUGGAGUUGUGAACGUCAAGUUCGCGCUAAGUAUCGAGCUCUGUGUACGGAGCUGAGAGGCGCCGAGACGAUCAGCAAACGUCAUGUUGCAUUAGCACAACAGGCCCUGAUCGAGCUCGACGCAGACGUCGCUACUGCCUCUGCUGUUGCAGUGGGGAGUUCUGGAACGAAAGAAACCAGAGUGAGGAGAGCAUCGAUGUCAGUGCAACAACUACAAGACGAGGAUGAUACUGACGAAGCAAAGAUGAGAGAAGCACGUGACGCGCUGCAACAAAAGCUCCAACUGGCUGAACAACAGGCUGCCAAAGCUUCACAAGAGCUUGCAAGACUGGGUAUGAUGCAGAUCGAGUUCUUGUAUUUCCCAAUUAAGCAUGACAGUGUUCCAGACAGUGACAAGUUGACGUCUUUCCUCGAAGAACACGUCGAGCCGAGGCUCCGUGCCGGUAAGAACCUGUACGUAUUCAGUCGCCUUGGCCAUGGUCGUACGGGCAUCGUGUCGGCGUUGCUACUCGGUCGUGUGUACGGAAUUACAGCAUCGGAGGCGCUGGAUCGAGCGCAGGGAGUCCACGACUGUCAGCGUCCAGGAGCACCACGAGGCUUGAGCUUCUGUUCCCCAACUACCGCAUCUCAAAUAGCGUUCGUGAGACGAGCAUUGGCACGCUCCAUGGAUCCUAUCUACGCUCCGUUGGUACUUGAAAACUCAGCCGAGGGCUUCCGGUCAACGCGAGUCCAGCAACGAGGGCUGCUAGCAGAGCCAUAUAUGAAAGACGAAGGGUUUAUGAUUAGCGCCGUCGAGGACGCUCAAGCACGAGAAGGGGAAGCUUUAGAGCAAAAGCGUCUAGAGCGCAUCGCUCGACGUGAAAGUACAGCUGCAGCGGUGCAGCGUGAGCGUCGCAAACAGAAGAAUGAACACGAAAGUAUGGAGAUCGAAGAAAGUAGUCAAGCGACUCGAGAAGUGAUGGCAAGUAUAUGCAAAAGCAUAGAGGACAGUUGA